GUGUUACAGUGCUCGACGAGCGUGAUGGGAAUAGAUAUAGACCAUCGAAAGAAAAGAAAGUCAAUAAGGCGGGAGCCCAAGUCUAAGGACUUGUAUAUCCGUUUACUUGUAAAACUCUACCGCUUUCUAGUAAGGCGAACGAACUCUUCAUUCAAUAAAGUUGUUCUCAAGCGUUUGUACAUGAGCAAAACCAAUAGACCACCUGUUUCAAUAUCUCGUCUGACGAAGCAGAUGAGCAAGCCGGGUCGAGAGGAAAAGGUUGCAGUCAUCGUAGGGACAAUUACAGACGAUGUUAGACAGCUGGAAGUUCCAAAGCUACGCGUUUGUGCGUUGCGAUUUACAGCCGGUGCACGUGCACGGAUCUUGAAGGCUGGAGGAGAAUGCAUCUCGUUUGACCAACUGGCACUGCGUGCACCGCGCGGCGAGAAAACGGUGCUGCUGCAAGGACCGAGAAAAGCACGUGAAGCUGUGAGGCACUUCGGUCGAGCACCGGGUGUUCCACACACGCAUACCAAGCCAUAUGUGAGAUCCAAGGGCAGAAAGUUUGAGAGAGCACGUGGCAAAAGGAACAGUCGCGCAUACAAAGCGUAGAUACUUGCUAAGCUUAGCGAGAGGGGAGCAGUCUGGCCACGCGAGGGUACUUUUGAUGUUUUUGGUUGUGUCAAUAGAGUGAACAUGAUCUCAAAUAAGAAACUGAUAUAUCAGA